CUUCAUCAACAACCAGGGACGACUACCCACAGCAGCACAGCAGCAAAUUCUCCUGAGGUCGGAGGAUUUGUGUGUCUUCGUCGUCUUUCUUCUUCAACUUUUUCUUUCCACCCCCCCGAAAGAACCGGUACGAUGUCGUCGUUCGAGUCGGUUGUUGUCAUUGACGGCAAGGGCCACCUUCUUGGUCGUCUCGCCUCCAUUGUCGCCAAGCAGCUCCUCAACGGUCAGAAGAUCGUUGUCGUCCGCUGCGAGGCCCUCAACAUCUCUGGCGAGUUCUUCCGCGCUAAGCUCAAGUACCAUGCCUACCUGCGCAAGAUGACCCGAUACAACCCCACUCGCGGUGGUCCCUUCCACUUCCGCGCUCCCUCCAGAAUCUUCUACAAGGCCGUCCGUGGUAUGAUCCCUCACAAGACCGCCCGCGGUGCCGCCGCUCUGGAGCGCCUCAAGGUCUUCGAGGGUGUCCCUCCCCCCUACGAUAAGAAGAAGAAGAUGGUCGUUCCCCAGGCUCUCCGUGUCCUGAGACUGCAGCCCGGUCGCAAGUACUGCACCGUUGGCCGUCUGAGCCACGAGGUCGGCUGGAAGUACCAGGAUGUUGUUGCCCGAUUGGAGGAGAGGCGGAAGGCCAAGGGCGCUGCCUACUACGAGCGCAAGAAGGUUGCUGCACGACAACUGACCGACGCGAAGAAGAACGCCUCUGUCAAGGAGGAGACGGCGAAGGCCCUUGCGGCUUAUGGCUACUAAGCUGGCCAUUCCUCGGCUCCCCGCGGGGGGGCCUUGGUACUUCGCAUUGUCUUUUUCUCGUGCGUUUCAUUAGAUUGGCGCGGCGGUUCACAAAGGAAUUAUACUUGAUUUGCUGAGUGAUGGCGAGGGCGGCGGCUUUUUUGGGGGGCGGAUGGAAACUCGUUUCUCCAAUUAUUUCCUUCAUGAAAAUUCUCUUUGUCAAUCGGAACCCAGAAUCCAUCCCACAGAAAAAAUAAAGCACAAGGAAACCCCAACAAUCAGCACGAAAGAAAACAAAAGUCUUGGUAUCGAAUUUUCUUCUUCGUGAGGGUGACAGCGGAUGGACUAGCUGCGGACGUUGUAAUGUGGUUCUUUUGCGUUUCUGGUCUGUUGCACACAAUUGGGAUUGGACGGUCGGGAAUGCGUUUGGGGAAGGGAUGUCUCUUAUUUCUGGCCUCGCAAUGGCUUCACACUGCUCAAGGACGCUAUUCCCGGCUUAUUGCAGAGCAAAAGUGAGUCGGCGACAGGAAUUGGGGGACGUGGGAGAGGAUGGGCAAGUGAUGAUCAUACCCUUCCUCUGAGCAAAAGAGGUGUCUAGCAUUGCACAAAUACUAGGAGUAGACGGAAUGAUAAAUGCUUUGAACAAUUAAUGAUUUAUAUAAUGUG